AUGCGUAUCGCCACAGAGGAAGCGCGAAUACAUCUCCAGGCGUCCCAGAGGCGUCAAAAAGAUCACUACGACCGGUUGGCCCUUGGAAGUCCCUACGAAGUAGGUGAUGUCGUUUGGCUUCGGAAUUAUUCUGUUGCCCAGGGAAUGCCGUCUAAUUUCGUAGUUGAUGAGUGCGGCCCAUAUACCGUUACCCGAGUUAUUUCGGAUACUACGUGCGUUAUCCAGGGACACGAACGUCCUUUCAGCCCCGAGUUCACGGUACACUUCAACCGUCUCAAGCUGGGCGGCCGCCCCGCCGAACCAGAUAAUAACUCAGCACCCCCACGCGAUGAGGUAUGA